GAGGAGGAGGAGGAGGAGGAGGAGGGUUCCGAACCCUGCCAGUGGUCUCCCGAGAGAAGCUCACUCGCCGCCUGAACCAAAGCGUCUGCGACGCGGCGCACGCACAGCGGCCAUUCUGGCGCAGGCAACUUUGCGGCCCGCUUUUUUACCCCCCCCCCCGUUCCCGUGCGCAACUCCUCGUGCGGCCGACGCGCGCCGGGAAUCGAGCCGCAGCCGCUCCAGCCUCUUCCGCUCAGUGGAUUUCCAUGCGAAGGCCAGCUCGCCAGUGCGCCUCGCAGCUUUUUGCGGGGACUUUUGCAACCUUCCGUUUCCUGUUCGCGCGCGGGAUUUAGGCGGAGGCUCGGUUCGGUUUGGCCGCGGUCCACUUUUGGCUGUGCAUCCGGUCGAUGCACGAUGCCUUUUAUCUGAGAGCCAAAUCCGAAAGUCCAAAGUGCCAAAUUAAGACCAGAUGGCGACCGAGCGCAAUCGCACCAUCGUGGAGAAUUACCUCUGCCACAAACUCUCCAAACGCGGCUACGAGUGGGGGUUCGGUACCGCUCGGGGAGAGGCGGGCGACGACGACGCCGCCGCAGCCUCCGCCGACAACGGCGUGCCGGCCGCCCCCGCGCCGACGCUGGUGCACCGGUGCCGCGGAGUCAGCGCCGGGCCCGAGCGAAGCCCCGGUCCCGACCCGCUCGCCGACAUCCACCGGGUCCUGCGCGAGGCCGGCGACGAACUCGAGAGACGUUACCAGCCGGACUUCGCCGAGAUUUCGCGGAAGGUGUACCUCUCCUCCGCCGCGGCUCAGCUGUGCUUCACCCAGGUGAUCGACGAACUGUUCCGGGACGGCGUCAACUGGGGCCGGAUCAUCGCCUUCUUAGAGUUCGGCGGGACCCUGUGCGCGGAGUGCGCCACCAAAGAGGAGAUGACGUCGCAGGUGGACAACAUCGCCGAGUGGAUGACCGAGUACCUCAACGGACCCCUCGGCAGCUGGAUCCAAGACAACGGGGGCUGGGACGCUUUCGUGGAGCUGUACGACCGUCAGCAGAGGGACUCGGUCUUCAGCUGCUCGUGGCCCUCCAUCAAGACCGUCUUCGGCCUGGCCGCCCUCGGGGCGGCGAGCCUCACCAUCGGAGCGUACCUUACGCAGAAGUAACCCGCCUCGCCCUCCCCCGGUUCACGCCCCCCCCCCCCACCACCACCACCACCGCCAUCACCGGUAAAAGACACACCGAGUCACGUCCGCGCCGCCGACGGAGGACGACGGAGGAUUCUUCUUUUUCUGCUUUUCCCAAAGCCGCCCGCUUCUCUGCUAGUCGUAGCGUGAACCUCGUGUUAGUGUAGAGCGUAGUUGCAUGUGUCCGAGCGGGAGACGAGACGAACGGGACGGACGGCCGCGGCGCCCCUGCAUGCUCGGGCGGAGGACCCCGUUUGAAAGCGUGGACUCCGGUUACGCCCUCGCCGCCCACCCCAACCCCCCCUCCCUCGGCAGCCGCCCGUCAAAAGGACUUCCUGUGAAGAACAGCUGCUCAGAAUGUAUAAUGGGCCGGCCGGCUGCGUCAGCGUGCGCGUGUGAUCGUGUACGCUGUCUGGACAGAAGUAUUGCGACGCCUUGCGGGAAGCCGUCGUACGGGAACCUCGAAAAUCGAACGCCAUCCAAUUUGCUCCAUCGGAAAUCACAAGUCAGUUAUGACUUUCGUCGGAGGGCCGCUACGACUCAGAAACUAAUUUAAAUGAAAGAUGACCUCGUAUGCUGCAACUCCGUAGAGCACCGGUGUCAAACUCAAGGCCCGGGGGCCGGAUCUGGCCCGCGAAGGCAAAUCAUGUGUGCGGACUUCCGCGAUCCUUACUCAAAUCUGGACCAAAAUUUCACAUUUUCAUGUAUAAUUAUGAUGAGGUGAUUAAAAAUGUGUAUGGUUUCACAGUCAUAGAGGCCUGAGGGAAACCGUAACUACAAUGUGGCCCGUGACAAAAAUUAGUUUGAUAUUCUGCCAUAGAGUAUACACGACAGAUUGUUUUGAGAGCAGAAUCCUAUAAAAACACAUUUUUCAACUAUUACAUUUCUUUUACAAAGCUGAUUGCCAUCUCAACGGUAUUACACCGGAACACUAGUAGCAACUUUGAUUUCCUUACGAAUGCCAGAUGUGGCCCCCGGGCCACCAGUUUGACACCAGCGACAUGGAGAGAAAGAAUCGGUUCCUGGGUCAAACUACCCCGCGAAUAAUUUAAAAGAUAAAAUCAAUAUUAACGCAACAGGCCACGUUGGCGGGCACCUGAGACUUGAAUGGGGACGCAGACGACUGGUCGCGCAACGUACGAGAUCCGCCGGACGUCGGUCACGAGUUCUGCUGCGAUACUCGGGGAUGAGAAUGACCAAUUUGGAAAAACUCUGAAAAUGUCGGCCUUAGGCGCGAACAUUUUUGAUGAAACACACUGUUAAACGGUGACCUCUGGUUACUUCCAACAGUGUAACUACAGGGCAAUCAUAACAUUUUGAAAACUUAAAAAUAUGAGUCCGAACAACCAUAAUAAUUUUGCCAAAAUUCAGACGUAAAAAUAUAGACUGAGUGAAAUUUAUAUCGCUUACAGGUUUUACUUCAGAAAUAAGUACACAAGUAAUUUGUGUGUAUAUAUAUAUAUAAUAUAUAUAUAUAUAUAUAUAUAUAUAUAUAUAGACAGCCUCACCCCGCAUCAAGCUGCACCCCCCCCCCCCAAAAAUAUACACGUUUCACAAAAACGACAUUUUCAGCUGAAAAAACUUUGAAAAUUCUCAUCCCUGAAUACUGCAAGAAUUUGAAUCGCGGAUGAAGGGCGUCGCAAUGUCACAGACGUAACGACGCAAAAUUUGCAUUUUGACCGAUUGUGAACUUUCCGACGAGUAUUUGCGUUCCAUUUUUUUUCCAGGUCCGUCGCGUCAAAAGGUUUGUAAUCCAUUGGUUCCGUGUCUUUUGCAUUUGAUUUCAUUUCAGAUUCCAAUUAGAAAUUGAACUGCAUUACUAAUGAGCUGGAAAAAAAAAAUUGUGGCGUUGUAAUUCGUGACCUUUGAUAAAAGGCGCGUCCGUCCCGCUACUUGUGUUCACGCAUCGCACUCCAUCCGGCUGGGUGUUGAAAAGUUUCCGCGGGUGGAACUUUGCCUCCAAAUCGAAAUGGAAAGGUUUUGGGGGAUGCGAAAAAGAAGAGCGACGGUGGAGAAAAAGGAAGGACGAGCACGUCGAAUCGAGCACAAGCGAUUUAGCAUUUUCACGAGGGGAAGUAGCAAAGCAGCAUUCCUGGUGUUAAAAAAAAAAAAAAGUCUGCGCCAACUUCACGACAUGUUUUUUUUUGUUGUUGUUGUUCUUGUCGUUGCUUUUUUUCCACCUGCGUAGCACUGACACAUACUCAUGUGUUCCAGCUGCUGCUGUCCCUAAAAGCUGGCUACACAAAUAUAACUCUUAUUUUGAUAUUUUGGUGAGCGCGCCAACACAUAUCCCGAAGUGCGCGCCACGCUAAAUACUGAACGCGUUUAACGUUGACGAUCGUCUCACCCGACCAAUCUCACGAGCGGCGGACGUCGCUCGAGAUCGUCGUUCAGAGACGUACGAGAAUCGGGAUUUUCCUUAAAUUUCACCGGAGGUGGGAAAAAUCUUGAAAAUUCUUGGCCCAGUUGUGUACAAAUUAAUGUUAGGCUUGUGGUCCGGUCCACGAGUGACUUCAACCGUUAGAAUUUGCAAAAUCACAGCAGCAGCAGCAGCAGCGGCGACCCCUCCCCCAAAGAAAAAGGUUCCUGUGUGCCGGAACCCGAGAAGUCCCGCCCCCUCAUCGAUGGACUCAUGUUUUAUUGAUGUUUGUCUUGUGUUUCCGUCUGAAGCAAAAACUGGAAGUGAUCCAUUUUUUUUGUGUGUGUGUGCGUGUGUGUAUGUACAGUGUUUUUUUUUGUUUUUUUUUAAAUCUUAAAAAGUCUUUGCAUGAAUGAAAAGACACUGAUGUCUCACAAUAUUUAUAGAUCAGAAAAUGCACAGAAGGGGACAACAACAACAACAUUGUCUAUUUAUUGGGAGGUAUCAGAUUUUUAACAGUAAAGUCAGUGAUUUUUAACCUAUUUUUUUUCCUCCUUUCUACAAAAUAACACUGUAACGACAUUAUUUUCUGGCUGCUAUUGUAACAAAAAAAAAAAAAAAAUGUUUUCAAGUGAAUUUCAAAGUGUCCGUAUUGGCUUGAGGCUGCCACACAGUUAAUUUCACGUAUACAGCUUAAACUGCCAGAGUCUCGUUGUAGAUAGCUGCAAACCAAAGUCCAUUCAUGUUCUAUUCCUGUCGAAUUUAAAUUGUCUACGUCACGUUGUGCGAUACGUAUAACCCGCUUCACGCCGUCAGUGGUUCAUUUACGUUUCCGCGACUUCAUCUCCUGCAAAAAAAAAAAAAAGAUCGGCAAUACAACUGUAUUUUUCUCUGUCGAAAUCCGUAUUUCCCCCGUGCAUAUAAGAAUGUAGGCACGAUGGUUUGCUGUACUGUUUCACACGUAUAAUCGCAAAAACCUGUAGCACUUAAAAAGAAAAAAAGAAAAAUGUUGUUUUUCUGUUAUUUCCUGCUAUAAUCCACGAUAAGCUAGGGGAUCCCGUCGUUCCUAAUAAAAAAAUAAAAUAAAAAACACUUCUGUCGAGUAGCCGCCAA